AUGCCUGGUGAUACUGUUGUGCCAAGUAGUACGCCCCUUGUUGUCUCCAUUGAUUCUUCCACUGACAUGCCUGGUGAUAUUGUUGUGCCAAGUAGUACGUCCCUUGUUGUCUCCAUUGAUUCUUCCACUGACAUGCCUGGUGAUAUUGUUGUGCCAAGUAGUACGUCCCUUGUUGUCUCCCUUGAUUCUUCCACUGACAUGCCUGGUGAUAUUGUUGUGCCAAGUAGUACGUCCCUUGUUGUCUCCCUUGAUUCUUCCACUGACAUGCCUGGUGAUAUUGUUGUGCCAAGUAGUACGUCCCUUGUUGUCUCCAUUGAUUCUUCCACUGACAUGCCUGGUGAUAUUGUUGUGCCAAGUAGUACGCCCCUUGUUGUCUCCAUUGAUUCUUCCACUGACAUGCCUGGUGAUAUUGUUGUGCCAAGUAGUACGUCCCUUGUUGUGUCCCUUGAUUCUUCCACUGACAUGCCUGGUGAUACUGUUGUGCCUAUCAGUACGCCCCUUGUUGUGUCCCUUGAUUCUUCUACUGACACUCCUGGUGAUACUGUUGUGCCUAUCAGUACGCCCCUUGUUGUGUCCCUUGAUUCUUCUACUGACACUCCUGGUGAUACUGUUGUGCCUAUCAGUACACCCCUUGUUUUGUCCCUUGGUUCUUCUACUGACAUGCCUGGUGAUGCUGUUGUGCCUAUCAGUACGCUCCUUGUUGUGUCCCUUGGUUCUUCUACUGACAUGCCUGGUGAUGCUGUUGUGCCUAUCAGUACGCUCCUUGUUGUGUCCCUUGAUUCUUCUACUGACACUCCUGGUGAUACUGUUGUGCCUAUCAGUACACCCCUUGUUUUGUCCCUUGGUUCUUCUACUGACAUGCCUGGUGAUGCUGUUGUGCCUAUCAGUACGCUCCUUGUUGUGUCCCUUGAUUCUUCUACUGACACUCCUGGUGAUACUGUUGUGCCUAUCAGUACGCUCCUUGUUGUGUCCCUUGAUUCUUCUACUGACACUCCUGGUGAUACUGUUGUGCCUAUCAGUACACCCCUUGUUUUGUCCCUUGGUUCUUCUACUGACAUGCCUGGUGAUGCUGUUGUGCCUAUCAGUACGCUCCUUGUUGUGUCCCUUGAUUCUUCUACUGACACUCCUGGUGAUACUGUUGUGCCUAUCAGUACGCUCCUUGUUGUGUCCCUUGGUUCUUCUACUGACAUGCCUGGUGAUUCUGUUGUGCCUAUCAGUACGCUCCUUGUUGUGUCCCUUGAUUCUUCCACUGACAUGCCUGGUGAUUCUGUUGUGCGUAGCAAUACGCCCUUUUUUUGUUUCAUGAUUCUGCAGCUAGUGUGCCCCCUUGUUGUGUGCCCCCAAAUAGACACGUGUCUCUGCUCUGUGGCUCUCUGA